AUGGGAGAUUCAAGCGACUCGGUUUCCGUAGAUAUGGAGACGAUUCCUCUUGGCGGGAAGGAGCUUCUAAUAAAAACUGGUUAUGGUUCUGUCUCCGUUGCUGUAUUUGGAGACCAGGACAAGCCAGCUCUGAUUACUUAUCCUGAUUUAGCUUUAAAUCAUUUGUCUUGUUUCCAAGGAUUGUUCUUUGUUCCAGAAGCAUUUUCUUUGCUGCUCCAUAACUUCUGCAUUUACCAUAUUAGUCCGCCCGGGCACGAGUUGGGAGCUGCUGUAAUGAGCCCUGAUGAACCAGUGCUAUCUGUUGAUGAAUUGGCAGAUCAGGUUGCUGGGGUUCUCGAUUAUUUUGGACUUGGUGCGGUAAUGUGUAUGGGGGUGACAGCUGGAGCAUAUAUUCUCACCCUGUUUGCUAUAAAAUACUCACAACGAGUGCUGGGUUUGAUAGUUGUUUCCCCUCUAUGCAAAGCGCCCUCUUGGACAGAAUGGUUGUAUAAUAAGGUGUUGUCAAAUUUACUUUACUUUUAUGGUAUGAGUGGUUUGGUGAAGGACUUGUUGCUUAUGCGGUUCUUCAGUAAGGAUGUUCGUGGCGGUGCCCAAGUACCAGAAUCAGAUACAGUUCAAACAUGCAGAAGAUUGCUGGGUGAGCGUCAGAGUCCAAAUGUAUUGCGGUUUCUUGAAGCUAUUAAUGGGAGAUCAGACAUUACAGAUGGAUUAAAGAAACUCCGGUGUUGUUCCUUAAUAUUUGUUGGAGACAACUCUGCCUUCCACAGUGAGGCUCUCCACAUGACUUCAAAACUAGAUAGAAGAUAUAGUGCCUUAGUUGAGGUUCAGGCAUGCGGGUCGGUGGUGACCGAGGAGCAGCCGGAUGCCAUGUUGAUACCAAUGGAGUAUUUCCUCACAAGGUAUGGCUUCUAUCGGCCAUCUCAGUUUAGUGUCAGCCCAAGAAGCCCCUUGAGCCCGAAGUGUAUCUCCCCAGAGCUUUUCACACCGGAAAGCAUGGGUGUCAAGCUGAAACCAAUCAAGACAAGAAUUUCUCUCCAAGUCUGAAACAUGAUCGAUGGCCCGGGCUGGG